AUGGGAAAAUAUCAAAGCAAAGAAUUCUUUAGGCGAGUUAAAGUCGUUUUUGUAGCUGUGCUGUGUUGUGUCUUGCCUGCGUUAGAUUUUGGUAAAAUGCUUUAUCAGCGUCGACAUCUUCUCCCCGAAAAAUCUCAUUCCGGAGCUUCUUUGAACUUUUCUAAUGUCUGUGAUGUUCAUGUAUGA